UGAAAUCUGACCCACAAGCUCUUCAAUCUUCCCACUUCUCUGACCACAGACCGGAACAUCCAAUGGCUGUGAGGAGUAUGGAGAUGGGUCUGGUGGCGGUCCUCAUGACCAUGUUGUGGGCUGGAGCAUCAGCUCAGCUGAGCUGCACCCCAACGAUCAUGAGCCUCUCUCCAUGCCUAAACUACAUUACAGGGAAUUCAUCAACCCCAUCACCAUCAUGCUGCUCCCAGCUCGCCAGUGUAGUUAGAUCCCAGGCCCAGUGUUUGUGCAUGUUGUUCAAUGGCAGCAGCUCGUCGAUGGGGUUCAACUUCAACCAGACUCAAGUUCUAGCUCUUCCUGGUGCUUGCAAUGUCCAGACUCCACCCAUUAGUCAGUGCAAUGCUGCUAGUGGACCUGUAACCUCUCCUGGGGACUCUCCGGCAGAAGCACCGGUGGAAGCACCGACUUCUCCACCUACAUCGGCUACGGCCACUGCACCAGUGACACCGCCGCCUUCAGUGCCGAUCACCCCUUCUACUAAGCCGUCAGCUCCGGCGGUUCCAUCUCAAACACCACCGUCGGCACCAUCAAUUCCAAGAAAUGGAUCUAAGACCGUCCCAUCUACAAGUGGGGGGAGUUCAUUGGAUGAAAGUUGUACAACAUUUCUCAUUGUAUUUUUCCUUGGAUUUGCAUCAUAUGCUUCAUAUGGUGGUGCUAUCUACUGAGCUCAUUGUUUCAUUGCUCAUCCAUGUCUUUCUUUACAUUUACAUUGAAUGUAUCAUCAGUGUUCUACUCCUUUUGAGAUUGGUUUUUUGGAGGCCUCCAUCUGAGGUUGUCCUUUGUUGUUUGUAGCAAAGAGGAUUCUCUUCUCUUUCAAUUUUUUGUAAUAAACAUGAUUUCAUUUAAA